AUGCUCGUAUCAAAUGAUCCGAUGUUUUUAGCCCCAAUUCUCUGUCGUUAUUACUGCAUCUUGAAUUCACAGUAUCACAAUCCUAUUGUGCGAGCUACCAUCACUAUGAUCACUGUCAUCAAGACAUUAUUUCCCGCUUUCAAACUUUAUUUAUUUUCUUUCAAGGAAAUUACGAAAACUCAAAUCUUGUUCCUAUUUCAAAAUUAUUUCAAUCAGCAGCUAAAAGCAAGCACUCCUAAAUCAUGCGCCAUUUUGAGACUUGAACCUUACAUCACACGUCCGUUUAUAGCCCUUUUAUUCACCUCUAACAUCUCUUAUCACUUUAUACUUUCCUGUCUUCACCGUUAUAUCAUUCGUAUCACUCCUUACGUAUCUGUCCCCGUGUUUUCCUUUUUUUCGUCUUUUCUUUUCUUUUCUUCCCUCCUCUCCCAGAAUUAUCAUGCCAUUAUUUCCUAA